AUGCGACAAAGGGGUGUGACCGGCAACAAGAUUGACGUGCCGGUGAUAAACUUCGGUUUCGCGUGCCUGCAGCUGGCUUUCGUGUUCUUUCCUCUCCCACCUCCCCUUUUCCCCACCCUACACUACACACCCUCCCCACAUACUCAAUACUCCCGCCCCUCCUCUUCUCCACACAACCCCCACCAGUCCGUGACAUUUUCCGUGGUGUACGCGCCCGUGAUCGGCUUCGCGUGGCUGCUGCUGGGAGUGGGUUUCGUGCUCUUCCUGGUGUCGCUCUUCCUCUUCUGCCGCGCGCGCUGGGACGAGAUGCGCGACCCCGCCGCGCACGUGUACUCGCCGCAGAACAUCUCGCUGUUGCUUUACGCGCUCGUCGUCGGCAGCAUGAUUGUCAUCACGGGGUUCGGCCUGAUGAUUGCCGGGAGCGUGCAGCUGAACGACAGGCUGGGCGAAAUCGGCGAUUACACGAUUAAGGUUACCAACGCGACGACGACGGCGGUGUACAACGUGGCGUCGGCGAUCCAGGUCACCGCGGGCACGCGAAUCAACGAACAGCUCUUGCAGCCGGAGCAGCGGCUGCAGAUAUUCGAAUUCUCCAAGAGGGUGACGUCAGCGGCGCUCGAGCUUAACGACAAAAUAACGAACAGUGACUCGGAGCUGCGAGACUUCGGGAAGAAAAUGUCCACCACUGUGUUCGUCGUGGGGUGCAUCGCCUUUGCCUUUGUGGUUCUCACUGUCGUGGCGGCCAUACUCCAGUGGGCCACCUUCUCUCACGUCAUGUGCACGCUCGUGUGGGUCACAGCCUUUGUCACCUGGUGCAUCGUGGCUGUCUUCCUCACCGUCGUCACCGUCAGCACAGACACAGAAUCAGCAGUGAAGGAAGUCACGCUGUACCCAUCCCUCAACACCGCAUUCAGCCGCUGGGUACCGUGCCUCAACGCCACCAAGCUCGGCGACGCGGCUAGAUUUGCCCGCUUUGCUGCCUAUGACGUCAUCACCUUCACCAACGCGAAUCUUCAAACCACCUACCCCAAGGUCUUCCCGCGUCUGAACGCGACAGCAGGCAUCUGCUCGCCCUUUGGCCCGGGCCCUGACUAUCUCUACAACGACACUGCCUGCCCGCCCAACUCCAUCUCCUUCCGCCAGUUGAAAGACCUGCUCCCAGAGGUCACCUGUCCAGACUUAGGCUGCCCCAGGGGCAAGGAUGGGAAGCUGCCAUUGGACAUGAUGCCAGCAGCAGUGGCCAAAGACGUGCGCCUCGCAUGGAUCUCCGUUGACCGCCUGGAUGGCUCCGUGCCGCUCGUGGCCGCCCUCUCCAACUGCUCUCACGUCUCCAGUGUUGCCAGGGAGAAGCGGUGGGCAGUGGGGGGUGGACAGGGUGGGGGUUGGGCAGUGGCGGAUGGGAAGUGGCGGAUGGGCAAUGGCGGAUGGGAAGUGGCGGAUGGGAAGUGGCGGAUGGGAAGUGGCGGAUGGGAAGUGGCGGAUGGGAAGUGGCGGAUGGGAAGUGGCGGAUGGGAAGUGGCGGAUGGGAAGUGGCGGAUGGGAAGUGGCGGAUGGGAAGUGGCGGAUGGGAAGUGGCGGAUGGGAAGUGGCGGAUGGGAAGUGGCGGAUGGGAAGUGGCGGAUGGGAAGUGGCGGAUGGGAAGUGGCGGAUGGGAAGUGGCGGAUGGGAAGUGGCGGAUGGGAAGUGGCGGAUGGGAAGUGGCGGAUGGGAAGUGCAGUAGGAGUACGUGGGAGGGGCAGCAACAGGAGUGCAGAGUGCAGCAGUGCUGCUGUGGACGGGAGCCAUGGUGCUGGCUGUGGGAGCCAUGGUGGUGGCCGUGGCGGCUCCCCUCUAUGUCUUCCGUGCCAUGCGCUGCCUGCCCGAUGGGGGCAAGGGUGCCGACAGGUGAGAGGACAAGGGCGGCAGGUGUUAGGUGCUAGGGGGGGGGAGGGAGGUGGGGGUGGUGCUGUCUCUCCGUCUUCCGUGCCAUGCGCUGCCUGCCCGAUGGAGGCAAGGGCGAUGAUGAUAGGUGAGGUGCUGGGAGGAUGGGAGGAUGGGGAGAGAGAGGGGGGGUGGAGUUGGUUGUCUCUCCGUCUUCCGUGCCAUGCGCUGCCUGCCCGAUGGAGGCAAGGGCGAUGA